AAGAAGCCCCGCUGCCGUGGGCGGCGGCGAGGUCGAGGAGGCCUAAGCCUAACCCACCCGCCCGCGGCCCUGCCGGAGACCGGAGAGUUCCAGCCGGCGAUGAGAAGGGUGGUGCCGGCGGGCCCUAAGCGGCUAAGCGCGACCACGUCGCCUCUUGAAUCCUCUACUACCCCGACGACCGGCCGGCCGGGAAGGCCAAGUGAGCCAUCGGUAACAAGGCAUGCGGAGAAUACGAAAACCAUUACAGAUUGCUGGAGAAGCUAGAUCAAUAUCAGCUGCGGAUGAUAACAUACAUGAAGAUGAGACAGUGAAAGGAUCAAUUCUGAGCUCACCAUUAGUUGAGUUCAGUACUGUUUAUUCCGCAACGAACAAUUUCAGUGACAAGCUUGGCGAAGGUGGAUUUGGGCCAGUUUACAAGGGGAUACUACCGGAUGGCCAAGAGAUUGCUGUUAAGAGGCUAUCUAAAAGCUCUGGGCAGGGAUUGGAAGAGUUCAAGAAUGAGGUGAUGGUGCUAUCCAAGUUGCAACACCGGAACUUAGUGAGGCUUUUUGGUUGUUGUAUUCAUGGAGAAGAGAAGAUGAUGUUGUAUGAAUACAUGCCCAACAAGAGUCUUGACUCAUUUAUUUUCAAUGAAAGUAGGAGGCUUGUAUUAGGUUGGAAAUUACGAUACAAGAUUAUUCAGGGAAUUGGAAGAGGGUUACUGUAUCUUCAUCAGGAUUCGAGGUUGAAAAUUAUUCAUAGGGAUCUCAAAGCAAGCAAUAUUUUACUAGAUGAUGAUUUCAACCCCAAGAUAUCCGACUUCGGCAUGGCUAGAAUUUUCGGUGAACAUCAGCUUCAAGACCUUACUCAUCGAAUUGUUGGAACCUAUGGCUACAUCUCCCCGGAGUAUGCAAUGGAGGGUAAAUACUCUGAGAAAUCUGAUGUCUUCAGUUUUGGCGUGUUGAUCCUUGAGAUUGUGAGCGGCCGUAGGAACAGCUCUUUUGUCGAUGAAGAAUGGUCAAUGAACCUCUUGGGCUAUGCAUGGACCUUGUGGAAGGAAGGCAGUGUCUCAGAGCUUAUUGAUCCACUGAUGGGCACCACAUGUACUUAUGAUGAAGUCUGCAGAUGCAUUCAGGUGGGUCUCCUAUGUGUGCAGGAGUUACCAGCUGAAAGGCCAACCAUGUCCCUAGUGCUCAGGAUGCUGAGUGGUGAUGUUACAAUUCCAUCUCCAAAGCAAGCUGCAUUUUUUGCUGGAAGGGUUCCUCAUCUUUCUGCGGAUGACAAUACUGGGUCAGGUAAUCAAUUAACGUACACGGAUCUUCAGGGCAGAUAGUCUCACCAUUUCAGGCAGCUGAAGUUUCAUACUGUAUUGUACGUGGCCUUAUUGUAUUGCAAGAUCUGUUCGUUUCCCUAUUCUUCUUUCCUAUUACUAAGAAUGUACUCGUGCAGAAUACUUAGUCCAAGAGAUAGUACUCCGGGGUGUAGAUUUACUUGUAACUCGUGAACUGUAUUGUGUAUUUGGGAAUUUUGAUUUUGUAUAUGUGUGAAUGUUUUAAAUCAUAUGAGAUUCUUGUGAACUGGUA